CCAAACAGACUCCUGUUUAAAAUUUUGCAGAGUUACGUUGUGAUCCAAAUCAACAGAAGCCAAGAUGGAAGGGAUAGAUCACAAGAUGAUAAGCGUCAAUGGCAUUGAUAUGCACGUUGCAGAGAUGGGUCAAGGUCCAAUUGUACUACUACUCCACGGUUUCCCUGAGCUCUGGUACUCCUGGCGCCACCAGAUCCUCUACCUCGCCGCCCACGGGUACCGAGCAGUCGCCCCUGACCUCCGUGGCUACGGAGACACCACCGGUGCACCUAUCGACGAUCCUACCAAGUUCACUACAUUUUACGUUGUCGGCGACAUGGUGGCACUCAUCGAUGCUCUUGGUGCAGAUAAGGUGUUUGUUGUUGGGCAUGACUGGGGCGCCAUAAUUGCUUGGCGCCUGUGUCUGUUUAUACCCGACAAAGUUAAAGCCUUGGUCAAUUUAAGCGUUCACUUUGCCCCAAGAAGCCCUCACCGGAAAAUGGUACAGAAUUUCCGUGCCGCAUACGGAGAUGAUCACUACAUCUGCAGAUUUCAGGAACCAGGGGAAAUAGAAGCUGUGUUUGCGAGUCUUGGAACCAAAAAAGUUGUUGAGAAAUUCUUGACACACCGUGAUCCUGAUCCGUUUUAUUUCCCUAAAGGUAAGCCCUUUGGAGCUUUGCAUGAUACUCCGGUCGUCUUGCCAUCAUGGCUACCUGAAGAAGAUGUUGAUUAUUACACCAAAAAAUUCGAGCAAACUGGGUUCACAGGAGGAAUAAACUACUACCGAUGUUUUGACCUAAACUGGGAACUGGAAGCACCAUGGACAGAUGCUAAAAUAAGUGUACCUGUGAAAUUCGUUGUUGGGGAGUUAGAUUUGGUGUAUCAUAUCCCAGGCGUGAAGGAGUACAUAAAUGGCGGUGGAUUCAAGAAAUAUGUACCUUUGUUGGAUGAAGUUGUGGUGAUCCAAGGUGCAGCCCAUUUCAUCACUCAAGAAACACCAGACAAGGUCAACAAACACAUUUAUGACUUCCUCCAGAAGUUCUAAAAUCAUUUAUGGGGAAUGACAUCCAUACAUAUGUAAUUGAACCUAUGCACAUGUAAGGUCUUAAACUACAAUACCUUAUGAUAUCUGCAAGAAGUUAGUUUAUGUUUCUUUAUUUAAUAAAUCAACGAAAAUAA